AUGGAUCCCGCUAAGACUUCCUCAAGAAGAACAAGAAAACUUACAAUUAAGGGACAAGAAAUGUAUGAAUUAAGAGUCUGCGAAUUUGGCCGUGUUCUGUUUAAUAUUCAUCAAACAAUAGAAGAAAACAUUACACUAGUAGAAACAUAUAAAGAAAAUAAAACUGUUCUAGGAGAACUAAAACAAAUAUUAGAAGAAGAACACCACAAAUACAGUGAAGUAGCACAGAGUGAAGUAGCACAGAGUGAAGCAUCGGCUACAGAGACAAAGAACCUUAACGACAAUAACAGUCAAAGUCGAGAUAAUGUUUCAGUGAAAAGUAACCAACAACAGUCUGGUGGUUCGGUUAAAAGUCAAAAAACUCGGAACAGUCAAAGUGUUGGAAAAAGUCGAAGUACACAUUCAACUUCAUCAAGUAAAAGUAAGAUGAGCCAAAUGCUGAUAACAAAGAAAUCCAAUCUUGAAACAGCUAAAAUAAGAUUAAAAAUAGCAGAAGAGGAAGAAAAGUUAAAAAGGCAACAAACUGAGUUUGAAAUAAAUGUAAAAAGAGAACAAGCAGACAAACAAGCACAAGUUGAAAAAGGACAAAAGGAAUUAGAAGCCAGUUUACACAUUUUACAGUGUAAAAAAGAAGUACUUGAAACUGAAGCAGAGUUGAAAGUAGUAGAAGAAAUAGCUAGUCUUGAAGUUGACAACACAGAAUUACCUUCAGAACUUGACAACAGAAGUAUCUUCGUGAAAGAGUACAUAGACAAUUUACCUGAAAUCACUAGAGUUGACGGGUGUGUAAACAGUUUACCUCUACACAGCAAUCCUUGUACUGAAGUAGUGGAAACUUCUAUGCAAAAUAAACUUGACAAUACUAAAACUUCUUCAUCACCAUUGGAAAACCAGUCGAAUCUUGGAAUCCCCGAACCCACUUCACAAGUCGAGAAAGAUGAAAACAAUUCUACACCCCAAGGUGCAGGAGUAUCAGAACUUACGAAAUAUAUCAUGAAGAAAGAUCUUUUAUUGUCGCGUUUAUCUAAUUUUGAUGACCGUGCAGAGAGAUACUUCAGUUGGAAAAAUAGUUUCCUCAAUAUAGUGAAAGAAUUAGACGUGACAGCCACAGAGGAACUUGAUCUUUUAGCACGUUGGUUGGGACCAGAAUCUAAGCGACAAGCUGUGAGCAUUAGAGUUUCUAAUCCACACGAUGAACAGAACGCGUUAAAUAAAACAUGGGAAAGACUUGAUGAGCGUUUUGGAGCACCUGAGCAAGUUGCGGAAUCCCUAAGAAGAAGACUAGAAAGUUUUCCCAAAGUGACAGUAACAGAGAGACAAAAAUUGUAUGAGUUGUCUGAUUUGUUAUCAGAAAUUGCAAGUGUUAAAGAGAAUGAGAGAUAUAAAAUGUCACUAUCAUAUUUUGAUUCUGUAUUAGGUGUUAACAAUGCUGUGUGUAAAUUACCUGUAUUUAUACAAAACAAGUGGGUAGAUCAUGCUAGUUCUUAUAAGGUUCAACAUAAUGUUAUGUAUCCUCCUUUUUAUGUUUUUGUUGAAUUUGUAAAGAAAAUGGCUGUUAGACAAAAUGACCCCAGUUUCAGAAUUCAAUCAAAUGAUAGUCAAAAAGGAGACAGUACAGUACAUGUAAAGCAAAUGUAUAAGGUCAAAUCAGUGAACACUAGAAAAACAAAUUUAGAAACUUCACAAAGGUUUGAAACUAAAAAUCUCAAGUGUGUUAUUCAUGGAGAUGAAUCCAAACAUAAAUUAAAACACUGUCGUACAUUUCAGGCAAAAUCUAUUCCCGAGAAAAAGGAAAUUGUGCAAAAAAAUGGUAUAUGUUUCAAGUGUUUAAAUGGUAAACAUCUGGCGAAAGAUUGUAAAGAAUCUGUUAGUUGUGAAAAAUGUAACAGUUCUCGUCAUUGCACUACAUUUCAUAUUGAUCGUCCUGAAGCAUUAACAGGUUAUGGCGGGGAACAUCACCAACAGGACCCAUCUUCACGGGUUAAUGUAAGCUGUACAGAAGUAUGUGGAGAUCCUUUAACCACUGGUAAAUCAUGUACAAAAACUGUGUUAGUGCGUGUAUAUCCUGAAGACCAACCUGACAGAGCAAUUACGUGUUACGCCAUUAUAGAUGACCAGAGUAACAAAUCACUUGCUAAAUCUGAACUCUUUGAUAAAGUAGGUAACAAUACAGACACUAUAGAUUAUAUUUUAUCAUCAUGUGCAGGAAAAGUAGCCAGAUCAGGAAGGUGUACAUCAGGAAUUUGUGUUGAACCUUUUGAUGGUUCAUGCGUAUUGAAAUGUCCACAACUGAUUGAAUGUAAUGAAAUUCCAGACACCAAGAAAGAAGUUGCUACUCCAGCAGUUGCAAGGCAAUAUAAACAUUUAAGAGAUAUACAACAUUUGAUUCCAGAGAUUGAUUCUCAUGCAGAUGUUUUGUUAUUAUUGGGAAGAGACCUUCUUGCAGCACAUCACGUUAUAGACCAGAGAAUAGGAGCUGAAAACGAACCAUACGCACAACGUCUCCGAUUGGGUUGGGUUGUUGUAGGAGAAACAUGUUUAGGCAUGAUACAUCGCAAUGAUCAAAACAUGAUUAUAGUAAACAAAACCAAUGUUUUGUUUAAUGGGCGUAGUUCGAUGUUUUUGCCUUGUGAAAACAAAUUUGAGAUCAAAGAUACUGUUUUUCAAAGAACUGUUGAAGACGAUAGUCCAGGAUUAUCCCGAGAAGACAGAGAAUUUCUUGACAUGAUGGAUAAAGAAAUGACAAAAUCUGAAAGUGGUCACAUAAUUGCACCGUUACCAUUUCGUAAAGCGAGACGCAAGCUUCCAAACAAUUUUGAACAAGCUAGACGUAGAGCAGAGAAUUUAUCACGGGAUUUGAAGCGGAAUCCUGCCAAACGAGAGCAUUUCGUUGAAUUCAUGAAAAACAUAUUUGAGAAGAAACAUGCAGAAGAAGCUCCUUCUGUAGAUAAAGGUGAAGAAGUUUGGUACCUCCCAAUAUUUGGUGUGUAUCACCCGAAAAAGCCAAACAAAAUUCGUGUUGUAUUUGAUUCUGCUGCCAAAUUUGAAGGAGUUUGUUUAAAUGAUGUUUUGUUAAAGGGACCGGACUUGACGAACAAUCUUGUUGCUGUUUUAUUGAAUUUUCGGAAAGAAAGAUUUGCUGCAAUGGCUGAUGUGGAGCAAAUGUUUUUUAAUUUUGAGGUUCAAGAAAAACAUAGAAAUUUCUUACGCUUUCUCUGGUUCAAAGACAACGAUCCAGCAAAGUCACUGGUUACAUAUAGAAUGCGUGUACAUGUUUUCGGAAAUUCACCAUCUCCUGCAGUUGCGACAUACGGUAUUCGUCAAGCUGUGUGUGAUCAUAACUCGGACAUUGAUUGUGAUGAUGUGUGUGACUACGUCAAGAAAAGUUUUUAUGUUGACGACGGGCUGGUUUCAAAGGCGCAUGAAAAUGAAUUGAUAAGUUUAAUCAAACGGACACAGGCAAGAUUACAAGAUGGAGGUGUUAUUCGACUCCAUAAGAUAGUGUCGAACAGUACAGCUGUUUUAAGCAGUUUUCCACCAAGUGACUUAGCAAAGAACAUUACUGAAAUUGACUUUAGUUCGGAAACACCAUGUAUACAAAAAAGUUUAGGUCUGAGCUGGAAUGUAGUGAAAGAUGUAUUCUCAUUUCAGGUGUCUACAGAUAAGAAACCGUACACCAAAAGAGGUCUGCUGUCUACUAUAAAUGGAUUGUUCGAUCCCCUUGGUUAUGUGGCACCAAUUAUAUUAGGCGGUCGUCUUAUAAUGAGAAAGGCCAUCCAAGACAAUAAUCUGGGCUGGGAUGAUCCAUUGCCGGAAAACUUAAAGAGAGAAUGGACAGACUGGCAAAAAUCUCUUGUUCAUCUUGUGCAGCUGGAAAUACCACGUGCCUUUACAGAAAUGUCAUUUGAACACAGUAUAAAACGCGAACUUCAUGUAUUUUCAGAUGCAUCCAAGGAGGCUAUCGCCGCAGUGGUCUAUAUUCGUAUAUAUGAAUCAACCGGAAAUUCUCACAUUGGGUUUGUACUUGGAAAAUCACGGUUAGCUCCUACCCACGGACAUACAGUUCCAAGGUUAGAGUUAUGUGCUGCUGUAGUAGCUACAGAACUGGCUGCAUUUGUACAGAAAUAUUUAGACAUACCAUCUCAGUCAACAUAUUUCUACACAGAUAGCCAGGUGGUCUUAGGCUAUAUAAACAAUGAAGCACGUAGGUUUUAUGUGUAUGUGGCAAAUAGAGUUGAUAGAAUCUUAAAGUUGUCGUCGCGUAAUCAAUGGAACUUUGUGCCUACUGAAAGAAACCCAGCAGAUCAUGGUACACGUCCAGUGAGUACAAUCAAUAUGAAGGACUGUAAAUGGUUGACAGGAAUAGAAUCUGGGUUGCAGAGAAAUAUUGAAAAUCAACAUGUACAGUUUAAACUAGUAGAGCCUGAAGAAGAUGUAGAAGUUCGCCCAGUUGUAAAAGUGAACAAGAUAGAAGUGAGAAAGGCGAAUCUUGGUGGACAUCGUUUUGAGCGUUUUUCAUCCUGGAAUAGACUGGUUCUAGCAAUUUCGUGUUUGAAAAGAAUUGCAAAUAAAUAUCAUAAAAAUGUACAGACUGAUACAAGAAACAAUGUAGAAUUCAAGAAAGCUGCAGAGAUUAUGAUUCUGAAAGAAGCUCAAAGGGAAUCCUAUUCUAAAGAAAUAGAUUUAUUAAAAACUGACAAAUCAGUUGCUAGAGACAGUAGUUUAGUGAAGCUCUCACCUAAUUUAGACUCCAAUGACUUGUUAAGGGUUGGUGGUAGAAUAAGAAAUGCCAGGUUAGACACAGGGGAGAAAAUUCCUAUAAUAAUACCAGGAAAGCAUCAUAUCGCAAUGCUUCUAGUUAGACACUUUCACCAGUUGAUAUCUCAUCAGGGUCGUCAUCUGACUGAAGGAGCAGUACGUUCAGCUGGAUAUUGGAUUACAAGUGAAAAACGACUUAUUAGUCGUGUAAUUCAUAACUGCGUUAGAUGUCGUAAGUUAAGAAGACCUACUGAACACCAGAAAAUGGCGGAUCUUCCAAUUUGUCGCUUGACUCCAAGUCCUCCUUUCACAUACGUGGGCGUCGAUUCUUUUGGGCCUUGGUCUAUAGUUUCCAGACGUACAAGAGGUGGUUUAAGCAAUAGUAAACGCUGGGCAAUACUGUUUUCAUGUUUGAAUACUAGAUCAGUCCAUAUUGAGGUGAUAGAGGAGAUGAGUGCUUCAUCAUUUAUAAAUGCGUUAAGGAGAUUCAUUGCCAUUAGAGGUCAAGUGAAAGAGUUUUACUCAGACCGUGGAACAAACUUUAUAGGAGCUGUUGGAGAAAUGGGUAUGGACAAAGUGAAUGUGGAAGAUACAGAUAUUAAAGGUUUUCUAAGAAAUCACAGUGCUGUCUGGUAUUUCAGUGCACCUCAUUCAUCACAUAUGAAUGGAUCGUGGGAAAGAAUGAUCGGUUUGGCCAGAAGAAUUUUGGACUCCAUGUUGUGUGAUAUUAGUACUAAACAUUUUACUCAUGAAGUACUUUGUACAUUGAUGUCUGAAGUCAUGUGUAUUAUUAACAGUAGACCAAUUACCACUGUGUCAGAUGACCCAACUUCUCCAGCCGUUCUUUCUCCAAAUGUACUGUUGACGCAAAAGGUGAAUUCCGACAUUGAACCUCUUCAGAACUUUGAUGUAAAAGACAUGUAUAAAUCUCAGUGGCGGCAGGUACAAGUACUAGCUGAUCAAUUCUGGAAACAUUGGAGAGUUCAGUAUCUUCACAGUCUACAAGUUAGGAGAAAAUGGCAAACUGAACGUUCAAACAUAAAGUCUUUUUACUGUCACGACCUUUGA